CCCUUCCUCGCGGCAGCCGGGCGUGUGAGCGGCCUUAGCCCAGGAGGCGGCGGCGCCGGAUUGGUCUCCUGGACUCAGGUCAGCCCCCGGGAAGGCGGAUCCCCACCACGGCCCGGGGAGCCCUGAGCCGAUCCCCCCAAAACCCGGGGAAGAGACCCCGGAAGCUGCUCAAGCAAUUGCCGGGAGGGAGGGGGAAGCGCGGCGCGCUCAGUACCGCCCCUCGUCUCGCGAUCACGCGGGGCGGAAAAAGGAAGCAAAGGACGGCCCGGACGCCCAAACAGGAAUCUUCAAAAAUCCACCUCAACGCCUUGGCCACAGGAGCCAAUGACGCUGCCCAAACCCGGGAUCUAUUACUUCCCCUGGGAGGUCAGUGCCGGCCAGGCUCCUGACGGGGGCGCACUGCGGACGUUCGGCAGGUUGAGCCUCUACGACAUGACCGAGUCCCGAGCGACCCUGACAGCUCAGCACGGGUCUGAGCAGCACCAGGUCCUCGUCUGUACCAAGCUGGUGGAGCCGUUCCAGGCCCAGGUGGGCUCCCUGUACCUGGUCCUUGGGGAGCUCGAGCAGCAGAAGGGUAAGCCGGGGCCUCACACGCUUUUGCACUCUGGGUCCUGAGUGGUGACUCGGUUG